UUUUUUUUCUUUUGGUUUUUCACAGAUCGUUUUGGACCUGAUGCCUUUAAUGGUCCUCCUCCUGGCUUUCCUCAGCAAGGAAGACCUGAAGGUCCUCCUGUUUUUGCCCAACAAGGAAGACCUGAUGUCCCACCCAACUUUUCCCAACAAGCAAGACCUGAUGGUCCUCCCAACUUUCCGCAGCAAGGAAGACCUGAUGGUCCUCCUAGCUUUCCCCAGCAAGGAAGACCUGACGGUCCUCCUAACUUUCCCCAACAAGGAAGACCUGAUGGUCCCAACUUCCGUCCAGAUGGUAAUACAGGCCUAAAUGGUCCUGUUGGGCCUGGUGGCCCCGGAGGGCAUGGUGGCUUUAAUAAUUUUGUUCCAGUGCCAGGAUUUGGUCCCCCAGGUGGAGGUUCUGGAUGUCCACCAGGAAUGAUGGGUGGACCACCAGGCCCACAUGGGCACUCUGGAAUGAGGAAUGAUGGCUUUGGUCACAUGGGCAUGGGUAUAAUAUCUGGACCCACUGGCCCAGGCUUUGGUCCUCGAGGUAUGCAUGGUCCAGGUGGGUUCAAUGGUCCACGAGGAUUAUUAGCGCCUCCCCCUAUGAACCUGGGUUCUUUACUUGGUAAUCGACCUCCACUGAUGGGAGAUAUGCCAAGUGGUCCUAAUGCAACAGGUGGAUUGAGAGGCCCAGGAGGAAUGUUAGGGCAACGACCAGGUAUGUGGAUGGAUGGACCUGGUCCCAGGUUUCAGGGUCAUGAUGUUCCACAUGGAGGACAAGUAUCAAGGGAUGGUCUUCCUGACAGACCCUGGGAAUCUGACAGAUCUCGGGAUGGAGAAAGACCCUCAGAUUUGGACAGAUACAGAGACAAUGAACGUUCUCGUGAUGAACGAACUCGUGAAAUGGAGCGUGACCAUUCCAUGGACCAAGUCCGUUCCAUGGACCAAGUCCGUUCUAUGGACCAAGUCCGUUCCAUGGAUCAGAUCCGUUCCAUGGAUCAGAUGCGUUCCAUGGAUCAAGUCCGUUCCAUGGACCAAGUCCGUUCCUUGGACCAAGUCCGUACCUUGGACCAAGUCCGUUCAAUGGACCAAGUUCGUUCCUUGGACCAAGUACGUUCCUUGGACCAAGUCCGUUCAUUGGACCAAGAUCGUUCCAUUGACCAAGACAGAUCCAUUGACCAAGAUCGAUCCAUGGAUGAACGAUCUAGAAAUGACCGCACCAGGGACGAUCGUUCCAGAGAAGAUCGCUCCCGGGAUGACCGCACCCGAGAUGAGCGGUCCCGGGAUGAUCGUUCCAGGGAUGAACGUUCCAGAGAUGACCGCUCCAGAGACGACCGCUCCAGAGACGACCGCUCCAGGGAUGACCGCUCCAGAGAAGAUCGAUCCAGAGAUGAUCGCUCCAGGGACGAUCGUUCAAGGGAUGAUCGUUCUAGAGAUGAUCGUUCAAGAAGUGACCGUUCAAGGGAUGACCGUUCAAGGGAUGAUCGCUCUAGAGAUGAUCGCUCAAGGGAUGAUCGCUCUAGAGAUGAUCGCUCUAGAGAUGACCGUUCAAGGGAUGAUCGUUCUAGGAGUGAUCGUUCCAGAGGUGAUCGGUCUAGAGAUGAUCGUACCAGAGAUGAUCGUUCCAGGGAUGAUCGAUCUAGAGAUGAUCGUUCUAGGGAUGAUAGAUCGAGAGAAACCCGGCCAAGAGAAGACCGGACCCGUGAUGAUCGAAAUCGUGACGACCGUGUCCGUGAUGAUAGAUCGUGGGAUGGUAAAACGAGAGAAAAUGAGAGGUCACGGGAUAGUGACAGAAGAAGGGAUGAGAAAAGACCAUGGGAAAAGUCAAGAUGGGCUCCACGUGAGGAAGAGCAACCUAUAGUAGAAAUGGAAGAUGGAGAGCCUGGUAGUUGGGAUGUCUGGGCUAUGAUGUCUGGAGGUGAUGCUCUUGGAAUGAUGGGUGUGAAAGAAGAUGAAGUAAAUGAAGAAAAAUCUAAAGACAAAGAAAGUUUAGGUGAUAAGGAGGUUCUAAAAGAACAUAAUGAAAAUAAUAGCAAUGAAGCAAAACCUAAGGUUGAGAAACGUGAUCCUGGGGAGGAAACUGGUAAAGAUGAUGUGCUUAUGGAAGUAGAAAGUGCACCCAUUGAACUAGAAAAUGAACCAAUGGAUGUUGAAUCUAAAGAGGAUGGUAGCAUAACAGAAACUGCAUCUACUAGCAUGAUAAAAUCAAACAAAUUGCAAAAGCUUGAGAAUCCUCUAAGUUUGCAUUCUGUAGAUGUCACUACUUGUUUGGAACAAAGUAAUGAUACUAGGGAGGAAGAAAAAUCUCUAUGGUCACCUGUUCACAAUGAACCUGAAGGCAGUAAAGAACAGUCACAGCAUGGUAUUUCAGGCGAGACCAAUGUGGAUGAUUUUUCACAGGACGAUUCUCAGAAAAAUAACUGCUUGCAAAAUAAAAAUCAUGAGGGUAUCUCUCAACAGGAAGAUUCUCAGAAGCAUGAUUUAUGUCAAGUAGACUCCCAAAAUGGGAGACCUGUGCAUAGUUAUGCAUCACAAGACCCCACACGUGUUUUGUUGAAAGAAUCCCCACAGGAACUACUACAUCCUUUAUCACAGGAAGAACCUCUACAUGUUUUAUCACAGGAAGAACCCCCACAUGCUUUACUACAGGAAGACCCCCCACAUUCUUUGUUAGAGGAAGUGCCCCCACAUGUUUUAUCAAAAGAAGAACCCCUAAAUAAUUUAUCACAGGAAGUGCCCCCACAUGCCCAGCAUGUUUUAAUGCAGGAAAAACCCCAACAUUCCCCGUCAGAGGAAGAACCCUCGUAUGCUUUAUCAGCGGGAAGAAAAACUCAUGUUUCAUUACAGGAAAAGCUUCAACCAUCUUUUUCACAAGAAAAGCCUCCACAUACUUUGUUACAUGAAGACCCUCCACAGGCUUUGCUUCAAGCAGAACUCAACCAGGAGCAUACAUCAUCAGUGGCUGUUGAAGAUGCCCCAAUAGAGGAACACUCCGAAGAAUCAUUAGGGCAAACAGAUUCUCUAAUUGGUGUUGGUGCAGCUAGAGAGGGUGAUAGGGUUGUGGACAGUCCGCAAAGUGGUGGAAGUGAUGGCCAACAAGAAGGUAUUGCUUAUGCUGAUGGUGAUGGCCAGGCCAAUGAGGGGACUGAGGAGGGCUCUGUGAUGGAGCAGGAAAAUGAGCAGUCUGUGGAGGAAGAAGACAGAGAACAUGAUAAUGGUCAUUUGAAUGAGGAUUGAAAAAUGUUAUGUGACAUUCUAAGGUUGAGUGCCUAAUCACAUUAUGAUAGCAAUGUGAAGAAGAUGCUUAAACUUUAGAGCCUUUACAUAGUGUAAAUUGAAAAAUGACUUCAGAAAUGUUAUGCAAAUCUGUGAUGCAUUGAACAUCCUAUUCUGAUAAACCUAGUAGUUUUGGCACUUAUUAUCAGAUGAAUGAUGUGAGGGAAUGUUGUUGGUCUCUCAAAUAGACAGUGUUGACAUGUGGACAAAAAAAAGAAGACAUUGCGACUUGAGGUGUACCUGACACGUGCUGGGAUAAUUGAUGCCGCAAGUAACGAGCUACCUGUGUAACGAGCCUACCUGUGAUGGGUGACUUACGUUAUUUAUAUUUCUCAGGCGAGUGACUCUGUACCUUUUGGCUGUGAUCUAGUAUAUGAUUUAUUGAGAAAAUAUGUACAAUGUUUUAGCUUUUUACUGUUUUUCAUUUUAAAAAUCAGAUUUAAUAAAUUUUAAACUAUUUUGUACAA